AUGUCGGGGAUGUUUGGGGGACCAUGCGGUCGCGGCUCUGCUCCACGCAGUUCUCAGUUUUACUGCGUAUCUCCUUCUCCACCCAAUGGCCUGGACCUGGAACUGAACACCAGCAAAUACAACCCAGUCCUUCAUGACAGCACGACACUGGAGUGUUCUACUCGAAAAUACCCGACUCAAGGAGAACCGCCUGGUCCUGCGUUUCCUGCAUACACAUCCCAUAUGUUCAGCAGGACCACAGCAGAAUUAGCAUCCAAACAUAAGAACAACAAGGGCGAAUGUGGAGUCUUACCCCCAGAAGGACGUGAGUGUGCGAACUGUGGGGCCACCUCCACUCCUUUGUGGCGACGGGAUGGUACAGGCCAUUAUUUAUGUAAUGCCUGUGGACUCUACCACAAAAUGAAUGGCCAAAACCGACCACUUAUUCGACCCAAGCGCAGACUGUCAGCAUCUAGGCGAGCAGGUACUUGCUGUGUAAAUUGCCACACAGGCACUACCACACUGUGGAGACGUAACUCCAAUGGAGAACCUGUUUGCAAUGCCUGUGGCCUCUACUACAAACUGCACAAUAUGAACCGGCCGCUUACUAUGAAGAAAGAAGGCAUUCAGACUCGAAAUAGAAAAAUGUCCACCAAAUCAAAACAAAGGUCAAAAGGGAGCUCUUCUCAGUCUCUUCUGACCAGUCUCAUGCAGGACAAACCAGUUGCAUUUCACCAUAUCUCAAAUUUUUCCUGUCCCUUUAACAUGACUCCAUGUAAUGACGCUCAUCCAGUCUUCAGCCAUAACCACCACACCAGCUUGGUUACUGCGAUGGGCUGAGCAUGGUGUAUGACCCUGGUACCUAAUCUUAUUCAAAGGGGGCUGUUGUGACUCCACAAGAGGGUGUUGCGGCUGCUGGUUUUCAUACCAACCAAGCACAAGCUACAGUCGGGGUCAAAAGU